UUUUGCAGAUACUACAGCGACAGCAAGCACAGGAAGCUGGACGAGCACCGCUCCAGCAGAGAGCACCGAUCAGAAAGCAACUCCAAGGACAGGACUCACUCCGAACACCGCUUCCACUCUGAGCACCGCUCUGCCUCUGACUACACGCAUCACAAAUCGUCCCGGGACUACCGCUACCAUUCAGACUGGCAGAUGGAGCACCGGCCGCGCUCUCCGCUGGGACACCGCUCGCCCUUCGAGUACUCGUCAGACCACAGAAGCACACCCGAACAGAUGAAUCCAUGUUUCACUGUCACGUGCGACACUGGAUCCGGACAUACAGCCGUAUAUAAACGCAACGCAGCUUAUUUAAGAAGUGUUGAGUGAAAGGAUGCUACAAAUGUGUGUCGUCUUUAUCCGCUGAGGGGUUUCUGUUCUGAAGGACUGGGGCUCACCUUCCAAAGUACCUCGUUUACAGUGUUUUGUGACCAUUUUGCCAAUUUUUAUCUGUAAUUUUUCUUUCCAUCAUGCUUGAAUUAUUUAAAUCUGUCUCGGCUGUAAAAUAAUCUGGACUAUUUUUAGCGCGCAUCAGAUAAUGUCAGUUUUCCACAUUGUACUACUGUAAAUUAUUGUAUAAAGUAAAUCAAAUGGGCUUUUCUCAGGCUGGUAUUUUUUUAACUAUUUCCCCAUCGACUCAGGCUAUUUCCUCUCUUCCUUGUUUUUUUUGACGUUUCUUUAAUCUCAGUAGUUUUGAAUCAUGAAAUGGGGUAAAUAUUCCACGUGUAUUCGUUCUGUAGGAUCGUUUGGUUUGUUGAUCUCCUCUUUGGUUUCUCUCUCUGUAAGUGAAUUGGCCUCACUUUAUAACAGCAUCAUGUCAAAAAAUACAAGCUGUGUAACAAAAAAAGGACAUGAAAGGGUCGAUCGUAGCUAGAGGCACUUAUGAGCUCUCCUUAGAACAUUUCCAUGAUGAUCUUUCCUCUUGUUUUCUAUAAAUGUUGGCAAUAAUGUAAUAUUUUCUAUGCAGCCAGAGUAAGUCAGAAUGCUGUUACAGGAUAUACUGAUGUACAUAGAUCUCCUAUAUUUCAAAUCCAAAUUUACACUGAAAAUGCAUGAGUUUUUAAAGUAAUUGUUUUAUAUAAUUGUUUAUAAAGUCAUUAAACUCAAAUCACUGUUUUCACCUGUAAUCUGGCUUUAAUGUAAUUUAGUGUGCUUUUCAUGCAAUCGUUUUCAAAGUAGAUUUACGAUUCGGAAGCAUUUGACGCUGAGGUGGGUUGCUGUUCGUCUCUGCCAAUGAAUGCAAACUUUUCAAAACGGGUUUGUUUUUGGGUAAACUUUGCAAACUGUUAGUUGUUGCUUAUUUGAAUAUGAUAGAUUGUAAUGCCAGGAAACUUUGAGUGGAAGCCAGCCAAACAGAUGUCUGUCACUUUUGUCAGCAGUGCAUUGCAUCAUUUACCAUUUGAACUAUAUUCCUCUCUACUUUGAGCCUGCCGUUUGAUGCAUGUGAACUACAACUGAACGUUUCCAUCUGCAUGUUCUCAUGCUCCAAAAACGAAAAACUCUUUUUAGACUUCCAUUGCAUUUCUUGUGUGGUUACGGAAAUGGGCAGAAUUGAAAACACUACUGCACAAGUGGAAAAACCCACAGCAUGCGUUCACUAGUUUAGUGUAGGAUGAAAAGCUUGCUUAGUUUGCACCUGUAGUCCAAUCAGCUGAGCACUGACUGUAACAGACUGAGGGAAGUGAUGAGCCUGUGUCUUUCAAUCGUUUAAUAGUUGAUGUCAAAUGCAUGAUUCGUAUGCUUACAAUUUCACUGAUGUUAUCAGAAGAGACAUUUCUACAAACAAAAAUCUUAUCACACAUAAAUAGAUCUUACAAUGCAUAUGUUAAAUGACCUCAAGAUGCAAGAUAAACUAUUUUAUGACCAAGCCAAGGCUAAUGCUGUCUAUAGGAAAGAUAAGGAAGUUUACUGAGACUGAAGCACUGCAGGGUGAGCGUCACUGGAUAUCUUGUAACGUGAUCUAUGUCUUACAUGCUUAAACACAACUAGGGUAACUUGGCUGUCUGAUGUAAUCUAACACGGCUGCCACAGGUUCAAAGACAGGCAAAGAGAAUAACAAUAACCGGCCCACUUCCGGUUGUUU